AUGACCGAACUCUCUUCAGCGCCCGUGCUGUCGACUCCCGACGACCACCUCUUUGACGCCGUUGCGCAAAGCGAAACCAAGUCUACGCUCUCUCACGAUGCGCUCAGAACGACGUACGAGAUCGCGCGCACUGCGACAGAGAUCCGCCAGGGUGGAUGGAAGAGAGUCGCGCUACAGUUUCCAGACCACAUGCUCGUUGACGGCCCAAGAGUAGUAGAAGUGCUAAAGCAAGAGCUGGAAAGCACAAGCACAGAAGAGGGAGCGAAGGAUUGGAGAAUAUGCAUCCUGGCAGACACAAGCUACAGCGCCUGCUGCGUCGACGAGAUUGCAGCCGAGCAUACAAAUGCGGACGUUGUAGUCCACUAUGGAAGAACAUGCCUGAGCCCGACAAGUCGACUGCCGGUUAUAUACGUAUACACCUCGCACGAGCUGGAUCACGAUGCCGUCAUUGAGCAAUUCACCAAAGAGUUUGGCCACAAGGACACAAAGGUCGUCAUCAUGGCAGACUUGACAUAUCAGAACCACGUGGAACCGAUAUCAAAAGCGCUCGGGGAGUUGGGAUAUAACAACAUAGUAGCGACAGAAGUGAUCAGAGACCCUGCUGGGGUAAUACCAAACAGGAGAAUAUCGGGCAACCCAAUAGACGAAGAGCUUCUCAAGUCGCAUUCGUUGUUUCACAUUUCCGAUCCUCCCGCAUCUCUACUCCUAGCUCUCCAAUCCCGAUUCGCCUCCCUACAUGUCCUCUCCGUACCAUCAUCGUCAUCUCCUACCCUCGACAACCCGACCUUCCGAACAGCAGGGCUUCUGCGCCGGCGCUUCGCUCGGGUUCUCUCUCUCGCCUCAGCGGGUGUCAUUGGCAUCCUCGUCAACACGCUUUCAGUAUCAAAUUACCUCUCAUCGAUUGAUCUGCUGCGGAAAAAGAUUGCGGCGGCUGGAAAGAAAAGCUACACUGUUGUUGUGGGCAAACUCAACCCUGCCAAGCUAGCCAACUUUGCCGAAAUCGAGGGCUGGGUCGUUGUGGGAUGCUGGGAGAGCGGGUUAAUCGAAGAGGAUGCCGGCUACUGGCGGCCCGUCAUCACACCCUUUGAGAUGGAGGUGGCACUGAUGAGCGAGGAGGUGCGAGUAUGGGGUGGGGAGUGGUGGGGAGGUAUUGAGAAGCUCAAGUUGGAAGUUGACGAUGGUGUUAAGAGUGAAGAGAAGCAAGACAAGGCGGACAAAGACGCGAAUGAGGGAGAUGCGACGGCUGAAGACGAUGUGGACGAAGAUGAAUCGCUACCACCCGUAUUUGACCUGCGGACUGGAAAACUCGUCAGCAGUAGCAGGCCAAUGCAGCUUCCGACCAGGAGCGCAUCCAAGACUACUCAGCAGGCCGACGGCAAUGGUGAGCCGCGGUCAUCCGAAGCAUUGAUAAAGAGAACAGUGGGCGAAUUGGCGAGCAUCAACGGGGUAGCCAGCCCCGGUGCGGAAUAUCUCCGAUCUCAGAGGACAUGGCAAGGACUGGGCAGCGACUUUAAUGACGAAGCUAGCACGGUGAUAGAGGAGGGACGAAGCGGCAUAGCGAGAGGCUAUCAUGUGGGCGAAGAGACGGGAAAGCACUAA